AUGGCUGGGAGCAGUUUUUUAGUCGACUUAGCGACAUGGGGAGGAGGCAGUGGUGUAGGGGUGGUGGAAGGCGGGUGGGUGAAAGUGGGUGGGGCAGGCGGCAGGGAAGGGUUGGAUAGGAGAGAGGGGCGAGGGGAAGCAGCAGGGGGAGUGAGGGGGGGAGGAGGCGAGGUGAGUGGAGGAGAGCUGGCAGGAGGAGCGGGUGCAGAGGAGUGGAGAUGGGUGGAACGUGUGUGCGUUGAUAACCCGGCCGUGGUGUGCGUUGAUAACCCGGCCGUGGUGUGCGUUGAUAACCCGGCCGUGGUGUGCGUUGAUAACCCGGCCGUGGUGUGCGUUGAUAACCCGGCCGUGGUGUGCGUUGAUAACCCGGCCGUGGUGUGCGUUGAUAACCCGGCCGUGGUGUGCGUUGAUAACCCGGCCGUGGUGUGCGUUGAUAACCCGGCCGUGGUGUGCGUUGAUAACCCGGCCGUGGUGUGCGUUGAUAACCCGGCCGUGGUGUGCGUUGAUAACCCGGCCGUGGUGUGCGUUGAUAACCCGGCCGUGGUGUGCGUUGAUAACCCGGCCGUGGUGUGCGUUGAUAACCCGGCCGUGGUGUGCGUUGAUAACCCGGCCGUGGUGUGCGUUGAUAACCCGGCCGUGGUGUGCGUGGAUAACCCGGCCGUGGUGUGCGUUGAUAACCCGGCCGUGGUUGAUAACCCGGCCGUGGUGUGCGUUGAUAACCCGGCCGUGGUGUGCGUUGAUAACCCGGCCGUGGUGUGCGUUGAUAACCCGGCCGUGGUGUGCGUUGAUAACCCGGCCGUGGUGUGCGUUGAUAACCCGGCCGUGGUGUGCGUUGAUAACCCGGCCGUGGUGUGCGUUGAUAACCCGGCCGUGGUGUGCGUUGAUAACCCGGCCGUGGUGUGCGUUGAUAACCCGGCCGUGGUGUGCGUUGAUAACCCGGCCGUGGUGUGCGUUGAUAACCCGGCCGUGGUGUGCGUUGAUAACCCGGCCGUGGUGUGCGUUGAUAACCCGGCCGUGGUGUGCGUUGAUAACCCGGCCGUGGUGUGCGUUGAUAACCCGGCCGUGGUGUGCGUUGAUAACCCGGCCGUGGUGUGCGUUGAUAACCCGGCCGUGGUGUGCGUUGAUAACCCGGCCGUGGUGUGCGUUGAUAACCCGGCCGUGGUGUGCGUGGAUAACCCGGCCGUGGUGUGCGUUGAUAACCCGGCCGUGGUUGAUAACCCGGCCGUGGUGUGCGUUGAUAACCCGGCCGUGGUGUGCGUUGAUAACCCGGCCGUGGUGUGCGUUGAUAACCCGGCCGUGGUGUGCGUUGAUAACCCGGCCGUGGUGUGCGUUGAUAACCCGGCCGUGGUGUGCGUUGAUAACCCGGCCGUGGUGUGCGUUGAUAACCCGGCCGUGGUGUGCGUUGAUAACCCGGCCGUGGUGUGCGUUGAUAACCCGGCCGUGGUGUGCGUUGAUAACCCGGCCGUGGUGUGCGUUGAUAACCCGGCCGUGGUGUGCGUUGAUAACCCGGCCGUGGUGUGCGUUGAUAACCCGGCCGUGGUGUGCGUUGAUAACCCGGCCGUGGUGUGCGUUGAUAACCCGGCCGUGGUGUGCGUUGAUAACCCGGCCGUGGUGUGCGUUGAUAACCCGGCCGUGGUGUGCGUUGAUAACCCGGCCGUGGUGUGCGUUGAUAACCCGGCCGUGGUGUGCGUUGAUAACCCGGCCGUGGUGUGCGUUGAUAACCCGGCCGUGGUGUGCGUUGAUAACCCGGCCGUGGUGUGCGUUGAUAACCCGGCCGUGGUGUGCGUUGAUAACCCGGCCGUGGUGUGCGUUGAUAACCCGGCCGUGGUGUGCGUUGAUAACCCGGCCGUGGUGUGCGUUGAUAACCCGGCCGUGGUGUGCGUUGAUAACCCGGCCGUGGUGUGCGUUGAUAACCCGGCCGUGGUGUGCGUUGAUAACCCGGCCGUGGUGUGCGUUGAUAACCCGGCCGUGGUGUGCGUUGAUAACCCGGCCGUGGUGUGCGUUGAUAACCCGGCCGUGGUGUGCGUUGAUAACCCGGCCGUGGUGUGCGUUGAUAACCCGGCCGUGGUGUGCGUUGAUAACCCGGCCGUGGUGUGCGUUGAUAACCCGGCCGUGGUGUGCGUUGAUAACCCGGCCGUGGUGUGCGUUGAUAACCCGGCCGUGGUGUGCGUGUGUCAUGAGCACAAGCUAUCAGCAGUGCAUUCCGUGCGUCUGCUGCCUGUGUGCCCCCCCGCCCUGCCGCUGCCACCACGUGUGUGUGAGGGAGGGGAGGCCUUGCCGUGGUCCUCCCACAGGCUUGGGCGGCAGCAUGCUGGGCGGCAGCAGGCUGGGCGGCAGCUGGCAGGGUGGCAGCAGGGUGCUGUGGUGGAGGGGUGCUGUGGUGGAGGGGUGCUGUGGUGGAGGGGUGCUGUGGUGGAGGGGUGCUGUGGUGGAGGGGUGCUGUGGUGGAAGAUGGGGCUGGGAGGUGGGGAGAUGAGAUGGGACGACCAACGAGGAGAGUGUGAGAGAGUGAAUGGUGCGAGCAUGGAAGGGAGUGAUGAGAGUGAUGAGGAUUUGGAAGCAAACGAGAGGGAGGGGGGAGGGGGGGCAAAGAGCAGACGAGUGGCAGGAGGAGGGGCGUGCGUUGACCUUUCUGCACGAGGAGAGAAAUGGCAGCAGCUGGGAGGGGAGCAGGUGGACGCAGCGCAGGGCGUGUGGGGCGUGUGGGGCGUGUGGGGCGUGUGGGGUGUGUGGGGUGUGUGGGGCGGGGCGUGUGGGGUGUGUAGGGCGUGUGGUGUGGGGUGUGUGGGGCAUGCCGAUGGCUAG